AUGAAAACCGCGCGAAGGCGCCUGGCCAAAAGAAUAACCAGCUUUUACAAAAAUGUCGACGCAAAUACUCCCCUUUUCGCCACCAAUUUGCUGCUUUACCAAUUCGAGCGGGACUUGAUAGUCACCCUUAUGCAGACAUAUAAGAGGCUACUGAAAAAGCAUGAACAGGAGAAGACACGAUUCCACGAGGAAUACUUGCUAAUUUUUAAUUAUAUAAUUUUUUCCUACUUCAAUUUUGUCCUCUCCGAGUUAAGCCAAAAUAAUACCCCCCACUUUGACAUUGUCUACGAUUUGAGCAAAUCCACAGGUGAGACCACUCCCCUUUUAAACGCAAGGAGGUUAACAAAAAGGGCGAAAUGCAGCGUAUACAAGUUGAAAAGGCUACUCACCGGGAAUGGUACACAUGGCGGUUUGGGUCACAUCUCGGGGGGAACUCCUCAUUCAUAUAGCCAAGGAGAACAAAAUGAAACAUCAUAUGAAGAUUAUCAACCAGGGGGGAGGAGGCAUAAACACACAAUUGGGGAAGAAGCACAUAAGGGAAAAGAGAAACGUGAAUGGAAUAGGGACAUCAGUGAUGAAGGCUAUCAGAACAGGGUCAAUCAUUGUGGAAGUAAAUCGUUGGGACGUGCUGGUGGGACAUAUGGAAAGGUCCACAUUAGCGACAAGGGUGAAAGUAGCUACACUGCAAAGUGCAUUACGAAUACGUCUUUGCACAAUUACGCCUCGAGACGGUUCCCAUUCUGUGCAUCCACAGCAUGCUCUGAGGUGGGUGAAAGUCAGUUCGUUGAGCAACUCAAAAGAUUAUAUGCACACGUGCAUUACUGGGGGUGUCUGAUGCAGCUAAAUGUGAGAUGCAGACUUAGCUGGCAAGUAAGCAAAUUAGCAAGUGAAGAAAAAAACAUCUAUGAAGGAAUCUACAAAAAUAUUUACUACUUAUUUAAACGUAUGAACCGAAUGCAUUUUGAAAAUAUUCAAAUGAUAAAUAAAAAAAAGCAGCAGCUGUCCAUAACCCAUAACUGCGAAAUGCAAGAUCUUAUAAAUGCAACUAAGGUAACCAGAGUGGACAAUGCCGAGGGCACGAAGCAAAUUAAUGACCUCGUCUUUAAGCAUAUAGCUGAGAAGGAAGCUCUGUGUAGACACGCGGAACACGAGGUGAAGGUCAUGCAGCUUGUAAACUUGAAAGAGUACAAGGAGCAUAUCUUCUACAUAUUUAACAUAAUACAAAGGGAGCGGAACGUCUUGUCUUUGCCUCCUUUACCCAUGGACGAAUUGGAGGAAGGAGAUGAAGGUGUGGUUGAGAAAUUAAUACGGGUUCAGCCCAAUGGUUUCUGCCCCUGCGCAAAUAAGGAACGACACAUAUAUUUUGCGUGCAUAGUAAAAUAUUUUCACCUCUUUUACUUGUAUAAGUUGAUUAAAAGUAAUGUGAAUGUAAUUAGCUACCUUCAUCUCUACCUUAAGCGCUCCGUGUGCGAUACGUUGGGAGUGUCCGUAAUUUUCAGCCUUGGCGAAGUGGAAGACCUUUUUCUACGCCAUAGCAAGAACAAUGAGGAGGUUAAGGGACGCCUCUAUGGUUUGUUAAGUCAGUUGUGCCGCGACCAUUACGCGUGCAGGGCAGCAGCUCAUUGUGCAGAUCACUGCGCUGACCAGGGAGCGAAUCAAACAACGAAAUGUGGGGCACAUGAAGGCCCCCCCUUGAAGGAGGCAGACAAAACGAAUGACACCCCGGUGUGGACGGGCACCGAGUCAAAGUACUUCAACGCCAAGGGGCAGUUUAGAAGCAAACUCGGAGCAACGCCGGAUGGGAAGGACAACCCCUUCAACAAAAGCUACGACAGUACGCACAAGUACAUCAAAGAUGACUCCAUCCCGUUUCUGCUACAAGAUAAUGCUUGUAUUAAGGAGGAGUCAUCUCAUACACAUUGGAGCAAAAUCAGUCUAAGGGAGAAGCCCCUCAACGGGCUGGUCCUCUACUUGUGUGAAGAUACCAACGGCUUCUGCAAAGAAAAUGUUUAUCAGAGUAUGUUCAACAUGAGCAUGAACAAGACCGAUUUUGUUUUUCCUACGUUGAAGGAGCAGCUGGGUAUGUUCCACGAGUUUGUAAGUGGCAAUGGACAAGUGCAAGGGGGGAGAACAACUGGACACAGGUACCCCUCUGUGAUGGGAACAAAGUUGCGAUGUGGAAACAUCAUCAUAACGAGACACACGAAUUUGAAAAUCGGAAUGGGGGGGAGGGAUACACCUAAGGGAGGAGAAGCAGAAAAAAAAAAAAAAAAAAAAAAAAAUGUUAAAAUGGGGGAAGGAAGAAAUGGAGAGGAAAAAAAAUACAAAGAAUUAACCUAUGAUAUGACAACGAUUAAAAAUCAUGUAAAUGAUUUGUUCAGCUUGGACAGAAUUAAUAAGAGUAACCUACCCUCGUCCAUCAUUCCCAUAUAUGAACAGCUCAAAAAAAAUAGCUGCUACUUUAUGCAUAAGGAAGGGAGAGAAAAGUCGGUUCAUUCGGAUGUGAAGGAAAGCACAGUGUGCAAAGUGCAUGAAAAUAUUUUAAAAACAAAAAAAAAAAAAAUACAUGUGGAUAUAAUUUUUCAUGUUAUUAUACCCAAAAAUGUGAACAGCAAAAGUUUUCAAAUAAUUUUACUUUCCUUGUUGAAGAUUUUGGACCUGUGUAGCAACUAUCACGUUUCCUCACUGACGUGUCCCUUGCCCUACGUGCACAACGUCGUUUAUAAGAAUAAGCGCCCCGUUGUGUAUGCCUUUAUGUACUCCAUCAUUUUCUCCCUUUUGAAUUAUAUCAAGUGCACACAGUGGUCUGGCAAGCAGGUGAGCGUGCUGCAUUUUGUCUUCCCCAAUUUGGCGUUUCGCGAGGGGGGCACAGCAGCGCGGGGGAGAGUGAUGGGCGGAGUAGCGGUGGACAGCUCCAUGGGGGAGAUUAAUGAGGAAAAUAAUGAGAACAAUAAUGAGAGGAAGACAACCCCCAUUGAGGGGUCCACCCUGGAUCCAAGUGCCCAUUGGGACAGACAUGCUGAGAAACGCAUGUCAAGCAUGGCCUCCUUCAUUUAUCGUGUUGUCACCGACAUGCGGGAGAAGUAUACGCUCGUUGAGAGCAUCUAA